CCCCCCGACUGCCCGACUCUAUUUAUAUCCAAAGAUCACAUCAUCUCUUCACAGAGUCAACGCCACCCACCUCUCCCCUCCUCUUCCCUCUGCUUGACGCUUUGGUUUCACGUUUCAUGGAUGACAACAACUGGGAUCUGCACGCGGUGGUGAGAGGCUGUUCCGCCGGUGCUGUUGCGCCCGUGAACGAUCCCUACUUCUCUUCCCUCUAUCUGUCGAACGAGGAUGACGUCGACGGAGAAAUGGAACCCCUUCUUGGGUUCCCUGAGCUGAUGGGCACGUCAAGCUAUCUGUGUGAGCUGCAGCAGCUCUGCCAACCUUUCUAUGCCAUGGAACCCGACGACGAACCACUACAACAGCAGCAGCUCCCACCCCAUUUGUCCCCUGCUGCGUCUCUUCUCCCUGCAGUGGCUUAUCCCGGCCAGUCCCAGCAGCAGAGCAGCCAGUUCCCGCGAACGGUCUCCCAACCUUCCCGUUCCAAGAGAAGGAAGAAUCAGCAGAAGAAAGUGGUGUGCCAAGUGCCAGCCGAUGGCGUCCAAUCCGAUUUGUGGGCAUGGCGAAAAUAUGGGCAGAAACCCAUCAAAGGGUCCCCAUAUCCACGGGGUUAUUACAGGUGCAGCAGCUCCAAGGGAUGCCAGGCUCGGAAGCAGGUGGAGCAGAGCAGCGCCGACCCGGGGAUGUUGCUCAUCACCUACACGGCGGAGCACAACCACCCCGUCCCCACCCAUCGGAGCUCGCUCGCCGGGAGCACCCGUCAGAAGCUUCCCCAGCCUGCGGCCAAAGGCGGUGACCGUGACCAGCUGCCGUCGCCCAGCCACCCGUCCUCCUCGAGCCCACUACCGUCGCCGAUUGCAGCCGCGGGGCUGUCGCCUAAGACCCCCCUCACAGGGGACGAGAGGAAAGGUGAGGAGGGCGAGGAAGAAGACGAGGAGUUACCGACGAUGGGAAAUGUCGACAUGCUCGAAGAGGACAGCGCGCUGUUCUUAGGCAUGGAAGUAUUGGUGCAGCCCAGUACCACAGGAGCCACCGAAACGCCGGCCACGGCGACCCUCAGCUCCGGAUACUUCGACGAGGGAAGCAGCUUCGAAGACCGUUUCUUCCGCUCGCCAUGGCUUGCGAUCACUGACGCCGCGAUCUAAUACGUCGAACACCUAUCACAUAAUUUUGUUUACCGAAGAAGAGGAUAUGUAUAAUUCCAUAUAAUCUCAAUUUUGCACUACAUUUCCUAUCA